AUGAAUCCUUCCGAAUGGUUUAGUGAAGUUUCCAACGAACUUUGGCCGGGCCAAUGCUUCUCGGUGAAGGUAAAGAAGGUACUUCAUGAGGAACGGUCCAAAUAUCAGGACAUCAAGAUCAUUCAGAGCGAAUCGCACGGUGUGGUGCUGAUCCUGGAUGGCAUCAUUCAGUGCACGGAACGGGACGAGUUCGCUUAUCAGGAGAUGAUUUCCCUCCUGCCGCUCUGCUGUCAUCCAAGCCCGCAGCGCGUGUUGAUCGUCGGCGGUGGUGAUGGAGGAGUCGCACGGGAAGUCGUAAAGCAUCCGUCCGUGCUGGAAGUGCACCAGGUGGAGAUCGACGAACGGGUGGUGGAACUUUCCAAACAGUAUCUGCCCUUCAUGGCGUGUGGAUUCGAAUCUCCCAAGCUGCGGCUAACGAUCGGCGAUGGGUUCGAGUACAUGAAGCAGCACGAAGGUGCCUUCGAUGUGAUCAUUACGGACAGCAGCGAUCCGAUCGGUCCGGCCGAAUCACUGUUCCGCGAGUCGUACUUCGAGCUGGUAAAGCGUGCCCUUAAACCGAACGGUAUUAUCUGCUCGCAGGGUGGCAGCUUCUGGCUGGACGCGGGGCAUGUGCGAGAAACGCUCGACUACUGUCGGAAGCACUUCCCGCGCGUGGCGUACGGGCUGGCGGCCGUUCCAUCGUACCCUACCGGUCAGAUCGGGUUUUUCAUUGCCAGCCUCAAUCCGGAAACGGAUUUCAGGGAACCGGCACGUAAGUUUGCGGACACAGAAAUCGAUCAGAUGGGACUGCGGUACUACACGACCGACGUACACCGGGCGGCAUUCACACUGCCAAGGUUUGCCGCAAAGGCUCUCAAUCCAUAG